AAUGUUUGGUCAAAAACAUCCAAAACUGUAGGGGGUUGAAUUUCCUUUGUGUGAGACUGCGAUCUUAAUUUGUGCAUUUUCUUCGAUUCGCAAAACAAAAAAGUUUUGCUUUCUUUGACUCGGAGUUCAUCUUUCAGAUCUGUGCAACUCCUUCAAAGCGAUUGUUUAUCAUGAGAAACCAAACAGUUCGUUGCAAAUACGAUGUAUUUCUAAACUUUCAAAGUGAAGACACCGGCAAGAACUUCACAGAUCAUUUAUAUGCUGCGUUGGAUCGAAAAGGAGUUAAAGUUUUUAAGGGUGACAAUGAAUUUGAAAGAGAAAUUCCCAUUUCAAAUAGAAUUGAAGACUCAAGAAUUUCAAUUGUUGUUUUCUCAAAAAGCUAUGCUUCUAAUAUUCAAUGUUUAGAUGAACUCGUUACGAUUGUUAAAUGUAAAAACACAAUGGGACAAAUAGUUAUUCCAGUAUUCUAUGGUGUGGAGCCCUAUGAACCAAGACAUCAAGAAGGAGUGUUUAAAGAAGCAUUUUCUGGGCAUGAAGAAAGCUUUGAGGAGAAUAUAGAGAAAGUGCAAAUGUGGAGGAAGAGUCUAAAGGAGGUGUCCGAUCUUUCUGGAUUUCACUUGAAGGAUGGGUAUGAAGCAGAAUUUAUUGAAGGUGUUGUGAAGGAAAUAUCAAGUAAAUUAAGUAGUUCAACUUCAACCUCAGCCUCAACUUCAACCUCAGCCUCAAACUUGAUCAAUCUCAAAAGAUUAGUGACUGCCUCUGCCACUGCAGUAAUUACAUGUUUAGAGAAUCUUGUAAUGCAGGAGGCCCACGCUAACACAAUCAGAGUCGUGGGGCCAAUAACCCAAUACCUGACCCCUUUUUUUUUUUUUAAAAUUUUUUUUUGAGCCGACAAUAUAUCAAACUUCCCCUUUAUCGAGGGCCCAAGUUCCCAAGAGUUAGUGGGGCAAAUUGACCUCUUUCUCACCUCAA